AUGACGGGCCAUGACUCCAAGAAGCUGAGGGCGGCGGAAGGCGAGGCGGGCCCGGCCUCGCCGCUGAGCGCGCAGCAGCUGGAGCGGAUCCGCAGGAACAAGGAGGCGGCUCUGCAGCGCCUGGCCGAGCGCAACGUGCCCCCGGGCUUCGGCGAGAGCUGGAGGCGGCAGCUGGGCGGGGAGUUCUCCAAGCCCUAUUUUAUGGAGCUGAUGGCGUUUGUAGCCCAGGAGAGGAAGCGCUACACGGUCUACCCGCCCCCGGAGCAGGUCUUCACCUGGACGCAGAUGUGCGACAUCCAAGAUGUAAAGGUUGUCAUUUUGGGGCAAGAUCCGUAUCAUGGACCUAAUCAAGCUCAUGGGCUCUGUUUCAGUGUCCAGAAACCUGUUCCACCACCCCCCAGCUUAGAAAAUAUUUACAAGGAACUGUCCACUGAUAUUGAAGACUUCACUCAUCCUGGUCAUGGAGAUCUCACUGGGUGGGCCAAGCAAGGAGUGCUGCUCCUCAACGCGGUGCUGACGGUGCGGGCCCACCAAGCCACUUCCCACAAGGAGAAAGGCUGGGAACAGUUCACGGAUGUGGUGGUGUCUUGGCUGAACAAGAACUUGCACGGUGUCGUCUUCAUGUUGUGGGGAGCCUAUGCACAGAAGAAAGGCAGUUCUAUUGACAGGAAACGCCACCACGUCCUGCAGACUGCUCACCCUUCACCUUUCUCUGUGCAAAGAGGCUUUUUUGGCUGCCGGCAUUUCUCUAAAACAAACGAAUUGCUGAAGAAAUCAGGCAAGAAGCCCAUUGACUGGAGAGCGCUCUAAGCUGCAAGCGUAAGCUUGAGGGUUUUAUCAGAAGUAGCCCCCUGUUUCAAGGGUUGCCUUAUUUCUGAAACACGCUUGCUGACCUGAGAAUAAUUCUUGGGAUGUUGGUCGAGACAAUGAACAGAAGACUUAAUUUCAGAGAUAUUUUUUUU